UAGAGCAAAUAAGAUCAGAGGCGUAUUGAAAGGUCAGAUGACAAAGAUGUUAUGAGGUCAGUUAAAAUUCAUAUUUGCAUAAUUUAUGUAAUACAUGCACGUAACUUGCAGCAACUUUUCAACGAUAGUUUAGCUAAAAAUGAGGUUUUUAUUACACAUAUUGAGCCCUCCCCCAACAUACCAGAAGCUCAAAGACACCGUGGUGCGGUUACUCUAUCCACCACAAGGGCUACCGGAAGUGACGUUGCAAUUGACAAACACAGCGCGCUACACUCUAUACGCAAUGGCGAGCAACGUGUUGGAAUAUGAGGAAGAAGACUGUUUUGACAUACAGGAGCACCCAACUGAACUUGGCAUCGUCAAACCAUACAUGUUUGAGCCGAUCAGGAGGUCGGAACCUGACAGUGACGACGACGAGCAGCCAAGUAGCAGCUGUACAACAGAAAGAGAUUGGCCACUGGGUCCAUGUGACGAUGGAGAUUUUUUGCGGUUCUGCAAAGACACCCUGCCUUAGAACUGCGCUGGCAACACGCUUGUUUGAAGAGUUUGAAUGGCAGGAGUUCGAAAUAGAGCUCCAGUCCAAGCUCUACAGCUUGACAGAAGAUGAAGUUGAGUCGAGUAACAACACUGGUCUGCUAAUUUUACCCGAACAACACAACUCCCUGACGUCUGCUGAGGGAAAUAAAGGGGAGCUUUCCACGGAGCACUGUGUGGAAGAUAUUAAAGGUGACUCAAUGGACACCAGCAUCAUUGAGGAAGACGACAGCAUAAUCUGUGCAUUUAAGAACAAGGUGCAAACAAGUGAGGCUCAAUCUGGUAGUGAAUCAUCUGCAGCCAGCGGCAACACUAUCGUAGAAGAGUGUAAGUGCAUCUCUGCAGUGCCUUGUGUUUCUUCAUAUGGCAUCAUGGUGGGUGCACCAUUCACCGAGCAUUCGUCAGCCUUCACCCAAACUGAAGAGCUUCUCACAGCCGACAAGAACGUGCUUACUGAACUGCACAUGUCUGACCUGGACUAUGUCGCUCAGGAAUUUAAUAAACUAAAGGUGGCCCAGGAGGUGAGAAGCAAAAAAGAGAAGAGUCUGUAUCACCGCCAGGAAAAGCAAUGCGACAAUUUAGGAUGUGCUCAGAAGGCGGAGCUAAGUGUGCUGGCCCUGCAGUACCACAUGUGCCGACAGCACAUUUGCCAGCACGGAAACGUCAGUCAUAAACUGUCAUCUGAGUCUCCAGCCAGUAAUACGACUGUUCUCCAAAAACUGGAAUCUGACUACAAUCAGAUGAGAGAUGAGAUCCUGGCAGGGAUUCCUCUGGAUCAUCUCAAGCCGUUGACUUUAGACUGUGAAGGGAACAGUGAUAAUGUGCUGGGAAAUCCGGGGUCUGGGGUGACAUGUAUGGAGAAAGCACAACAAGGCAGAACAUUAUUAGAGUGCAGCCAGGAUGCUCAGAGAAUGUCCAGGAGCACCAGCACCACCUUUAAAGUGAACACUCCUGAAGAAAACCACUCAAGUGCAUGCAAAGAGCUGAACACGGGUGAGGUGUGGUACGAUGCCAAGGAAGACAUUCAUCCAACUUCUAUACCUGCUAUGGUGGAAGAACAGCCAGAAGACAUGUCAAAAGCAAACACAGAAUUGGCCAACGAGACGAAAAUGGCUCCUGGACUUGGUGUCCCUAAAAUUACCAACAAUGCGACUGAGGCGACCACCCAAAAACGUUUGGGGUUCAGCAGCACGCCCACGGCAAGGGCAACCUUUGUGCCCCAGCACUACGGCACCACAGCUGCAUUUGACACACUGAUGACUGAGCUGACACACAUCCACCCAGGUGUGGCAAGGCAGAGCUUUGUGGGCGCUUUGAAGGAACUGUGGGACAUUUACCAAAGUGAUCUCUGGACUCUGCCCCUCAACAUUAUCAGGAAAAUGGCAUCUGACCUCCUUAACAGGCGAGUGAAUGUGACGCCACCUUGAGAAAAUGUUUUGUUGACCAAAAAAAACGACAUUCAUGUUUGGCCUUUGAAAGUCAUGAUACACCCACAAGGUUUGGAAUUUACGACUUGGUUACUAAUUUGCUAUAAGUUUUGCGUUGAUGCCUUCAGGAUGUCAGGUUUUUGCUAUCGUGACGGUUUUUGCUUUCAGUAGUUUCCUCUACCAGCAUGCUGUUAUGUUAUCAUAGUUGUUUAAAUGGUUUGUAUGCUGCUGCAUUUGUUUGUUCUCUUGCGAUUAAAAUCGUCAUGCAAAUAUUUCUCUCAACUUUGUAAUGACUUAAUAGAACCAGUCUUAGGGGCAUGGUGAGAUGAGGACUCACACUAAUGCUUUUGUGUUGUUUAAACUAGGGCUUGUUUGUAUCUUGAGUAAUAGCAGCGCAAGUCGUUCAAUGCAUCCCAACUAAAUCAUGUACAAAAUAUGCAUCUGAUUCAGAAUAAAUGUGCUAUUACUUUUCAACGGGCAAACACUAAAAUGGGGACCGACUAUUGGAGAUUUUUCCGCAUGCCGAAGCUUCAGUUAGAUCAAGUGUACAACUAUUUUUUUUAUCAAUAACACAAUACUGAGAUGUAGGCUUUGUCUUUAAUUAUAUCCCUUGUGCAUCACAAUCACAAUACAUACAGUACGUAGGAGUCAUUUGAGACAAAACAUGGUUCAGGCUCUUAAAAUGUGUCAUAAUUUGUAUCCGUUCAACCCCUCAAAAUGUUCAAUGGCAUCAGACCUAUCCAAAGAUAUAUAGUUUUUUUUUAUGCCAACUAUGGACAAUAAAAUAAGUAUUGUGCUAU